AUGAGAGGCCCGACAGUUCUCAAGGCCGAGGAUGAUAAGACACGACAGUUGAACAAGCACACACUCAUGGCCUUCUCCGGCGAGUCUGGAGAUACUGUUCAAUUCGCCGAAUACAUUCAAGCCAACGCUGCACUCUACAGUAUGCGUAAUGACACCGAACUCAGCCCCUCCGCAGUUGCCAAUUUCGUGCGGGGCGAAUUGGCGCGGAGCUUACGAUCACGGAGUCCCUACACAGUGAACCUGCUGCUUGGUGGUAUAGAUCCGGUCACUGAAAAGCCUCAUCUGUACUGGAUUGAUUACCUCGCGUCAUUGGCACCCCUGCCGUACGCCGCUCAUGGCUAUGCACAAUACUACUGCCUCUCCAUCCUUGACAAACACCACAACCCCGACAUCUCACUUGAGGAGGGUCUUAAACUCCUCACCCUGUGCACAGACGAGCUGAAGCGCAGACUACCCAUUGACUACAAGGGAGUCCUGGUCAAGGUGGUUACAAAGGAUGGCGUACAGGAAAUUCCUGUUGAUAACGAUAAGAUUGUUCGGAGUGCUUAA